UUUCCGUGUGACGAUGAUCUUCCCAGGAGUAGUGACAUCCCUGCUCCUGGUGGGCCUAAACUUCGAGGGGUCCUCGGCAAGGACUCGCAUCCUGGAGGAGGCGAGCACGAAUGCCUCGGACCUGUUCAAGACAAAGCACGACAACCUGAGGAUCCUGCAGGAACCGAUAGCGGUGACGAAGGGACCCACCUCGGAAGCUCGAAAGUCCGAGGUCGACAUCAGGGACGAGUCGAGCGCGAAAUUCGCCAGGAGGAACUUCAUCGAGAGCUCGACCUUCAAUCCAGACGUGCUGAACAGGUUCCUGGAGGAGUACGCGACGAGGGUGAAGAGCACCACCGAUAGGAACUUCAGGUACCCCUUCAGGGGCGUCUCGGCGCCCUUGGAGACGGACGUCCUGGUUCUCCACGAGACCAGCUCGGAACAAGCGGCGACUCUCGAUGCCGAAGAGGUCGUCCCCGGCGACAACGGGAUCAAUUCUACGAUGAUGGAGACGGUAAGCCAUGGUGACUUCUUCAUGGUCUCAGGGUGCGUCCAUAACUCGGGAAAAUUUCAGCUGAACGGUGACCUGAACGACACUCUGGAGAGGAACAAAUAUUGGGGCUCCACGUCCCACGAGGACAGGAACGGCUGGGUGACCCUGGACGCCAUCCCCUGGUCGAAGAGCAAGAUCUCCAAGUGGCAAUCCAACCCCAGCACGCAGAGACCCUGGCCGGAGAUCAAGCCCUGGGAGAAGCCAGGAGGAGAGAAACCCUGGCCCUCGGACUACUCUUCAAGACCUGGACCGUCCUACGAGAGCAACAAACCCUGGUACGAUAAGCCGAAGCCGCACUGGGCGGAGUCCUACGAAAAGCCCUGGCAGUCUCAGGAGAGACCCAGACCAGGACAAGCGUCUCGUCCUGGAUCUUUCUCGGAUAAAUUCGAUCAACCUAGCGUCCAGACGCAGAAGUGGCCACCAGAGCGACCCUGGGACCGCGAGCCAUACAAGCCCGGCACCGACAUCAUCACCGACGACCGUCCCUCCAAUUUCCCAGCGUCCUGGGAACGUCCUCGACCCUCCAGGCCCUCCUACGGCUACGACCGAUACGGGGAGAAGCCUCGCCCCGAAGAGGCCAACGACUGGGACUUCCAGCACGAGUUCCCAUCUAAGGUUGACCAUCCGACCGAGCGACCCACGAAUUACCCGAGCCUGGACCGGCCCCACUUUUCCCAGUAUCAGUACUCGAAUGACCGGCCCUCUCAUCCUUCCAGCGGAGAUGGCCAAUGGGUGCUGCUGUCGACCAACCGCGGCUACUCCAAGUCUCGCCAGAGGUCCAUCAAGAUCGAGGCCUCGCCGAUGGACCCGGUGAAGGUCGAGAGAGCCUCGCUUCCGCUCUCCACCCUGAAAAACACCAUGAAGGAGACAACCGAGCCGGAAGUCCCGGUCCUGACCUCGAGGCGCCAGGUCAGGCUGACGGUCCUGCCCUCGGUCAACGGGACCAACACCACCACCUCCCAUGGAGGCCUCCUCGAGGUCGAGAGGACCUUCAAGACCGUCGACCAGAGCCAGAGAGAGUACGAGAGGGAGAAACUGACCGCCGACGAGCAGACCACGAUCCUAAAGAAGAGGCCCAUCCGGAACACCAUCCUCAGGCACCCCUCCAACUCGGCCGUCCUGGCCGCCGUUAGCGCGGGGAUGCUACCCGCCACCAUGGCGAUGAUGAUCCCCAUGGUCCUCGGCAGGAGGAAGAGGGACCUUCGUCUCACCCUAAAGAACCCCCUCGACCUCGAUCGACUCCGCCAAAGAAUCGCGCUUCCGAUGUAG